GGAUGGGGAUGGGGAUGGGGAUGGUGCAUACAGCCGCAGCCAGCCCAUCAUCCCGCGGCUGCUGCGCCGUUUUUAUACCUCGCUCUCUCUCUCUCUCGCUGCUGCCGGCGCUGCGCUGCCCUAUCGUGUCGCGGUUCCUGUCCACGUGCGUGGGAGGUUUUGGAUUCGGAUCCCACACAAGUGUGUUGCUCUGGCGAUAGAGUCGUUAGCGAUGUCCUGGCUAAAUCCCGCGUUGGUGGUAGUGGUGGUGGUAAUAAUGGUGGUGGGUGGGUGUUGGCAAUCUGCGCAGUCAGUACCGGAGCCGGGGAUUAGGUAAGGACCUGCGGUUACGGCCUUGCUUGGUACAUACCUAGGCAGCAUAUGUAUGUACUUGGCGGAAGAGAUGUAGAAAUGCAGUGUUGCAUGGGUAAUUCUCCCUGCAGACGUUGGGCUGCAUGUAUGCGGGACGGGCAUCCAU